AUGCUGUUCGUGGCGCACAAUGCUGGGGCGAAACUCGUGCAAGAAGUGGCAUCGACGUCAGAUGAGUGGGCCGGGGACGGAACGUCCUCCACAACUAUCCUUACGGCUGAAAUCGCAAAGAAGGGAGUUGAGUACGUGAACCAGGGACACAACCCCAUCCCGUUGCAGCGCGGAAUUCAGAAGGCUGCGCGUAUCAUGAUGGACGAAGUGAAGAAGCUCGCAAAACCCGUAAAUGGUUUCGGCGACUUGUUGAACAUCGCCACUGUCGCCACGAGCGGGAAUGCGUCGAUGGGCGAAGUAAUUGCCAAGGCUUUCGACAAACUCGGCAACCACGCAGCCAUAGUCCUGGAGAACAAUCCAUCGCAAGAGGACAAUCUUGAAUUUACCGAAGGCUACACGUUUGAAAGAGGCUACAGCUCCCCCUACUUCUUGCUGGGCGAAGAAGCAGACUUCAUCGAGUGGAAGAACCCGCACGUCAUGGUCUGCGAUUACAAGAUUGAGAGUGCGCAAGCAAUGCUUCCAAUUCUUGAGCAUUUCGUGAGGACCAAAGAGCCUUUGGUCAUCAUUGCUGAGGACUUCUCCACAGACAUGCUCCAAACCUGCAUCAUCAACAGCAUGAGGAGGCUCCUCAAAGUGGUGACUAUCCGGGCCCCUUCGUUUGGCGAGCGCCGGAAGGACUACUUGCGCGACAUUGCAGUGGCAACAAACGCCCAACUAAUAUCUAAGGAUUUGGGUCUACCUUUAGAAGAGGCGACAGCUGAGCAUAUCGGCAGCGCUCAAGGAGUUGUAGUGAGAAAAGACAGGACAUCCAUCUUAACAAGGCCUGAGUUCCAGGAACAGAUCCAAGAGAGAGUGCAGAGACUUCAGGGCGAAAUGGAGACGGCCACUUCGAAGUUCGACAAGGAGAAGUUAGGCGAGCGCAUUGCUGCUCUGUCAGGAGGCAUUGCAAGGAUCAUGAUUGGCGCAUCUACGGAGACCGAGCAAAAGGAGAAGAAGCUGCGGUACGAAGAUGCAAUCAAUGCAGUACGAGCAGCUAUUGAAACUGGGUAUGUUCCAGGCGGUGGCGUUACCUAUCUGGCACUAAGUACUGAUCAGUUCCGAAAGAAAGUUCUGGACACGGUGGAGCAGACAGCCCGUGAAGAGAUGAAGGGAGUGGACGAGUCAACGGGAGAGGAGUUCCAAGUGGUUGGUAAGUAG